AUGCCAUUGAACAUCACUGUAUUAAUAUCAGGUUCUGGAACAAAUUUGCAAGCAUUGAUAGAUGCUCAGCUGGAUGGUAAUUUGCCCAACGGCGAAAUAAAUCAGGUCAUCUCGUCGUCGAGCACCGCUUAUGGUUUAACUAGAGCUGAGAAGAGCAAGAUCCCAACAAAGGUUCAUGCCUUGAAAGACUACUAUAAGGGAAUUCCCAAGGAGAAAACAGACGAGAGAAAAGCGAAAAGAGAGCAGUUUAACGUUGACUUAGCCAAUCUUUUAAUAUAUGGGUCGGUGGACAAAUCAAAAGAGGAAACAGACUACACCAAGCCAGAUUUGAUUGUUUGCGCAGGUUGGAUGUUGAUUUUAGCUCCUUCAGUGUUGAAGCCAUUGGAGGAAGCAGGAAUUACUAUUAUUAACCUUCACCCAGCCUUACCUGGAGCUUUCGAUGGUACACAUGCUAUCGAUCGUUGUUGGAAAGCUGGCCAAGAUGGUGAGAUUACCGAGGGAGGGGUCAUGAUUCACAAAGUUAUAGCUGAAGUAGAUCGUGGUGAGCCCAUUUUGGUGAAGAAAUUGGAUUUGAAAAAGGGUGAGACAUUGGAAGAAUAUGAAGAAAGGGUGCAUAAAGUGGAGCAUGAGGCAAUUGUUGAAGGUACAAACAAGAUAUUGGAAGAGUUGAUCUUGUCAAUAAAACUAGAUAAGCUUAUUCUAUAG